AUGCGUUGCCUUGAAUGUGAUGAGACAUUAUGUGAUGAAUGUGUUGUUGCUCAUUUUCGUGUGCGUAUAACUCGCCAACAUAGCCUUAUAAAAAUUAUGCAGCCUCAGCAGGCAUUUAUUAAUGAGUCUCAGGUUUUUUUAAUUCUUUAUUUGUUUUUAACGAAAAUUUAUGCAAGAAAUAUUUUUGGGUUUUCAAAUAUAUUAUAUUUAAAGCAUUUAAAUCAGCAUUCGAGUCGAUCUCUGUUCAUUAUGCAAAUGCAUACUAUCCUAAUUAUAUUAUUAGUUAAGUCUGUGGUUCGUGAAUUGCGUUCUGUAAUUCAUUUGCAUAUAACUGCAUUGGAAGAGCGGAAAAGAGAUUUGUUACAAAAAGUUAAUACAAUACGUCAAGCAAAAUUAACCUCAUUAAAGUUGCAAGGCGAACGAAUUAAUCAGCGAUUAAUGCGAAGUCUCGGCGAACUUGAUAGUGGUGCUUGUGCUUCAAUGUCGUACAUCGUCGGAGAGAACUAUCGACGUGCGAUACGUGAUCGUAUUUGCACUAUUUAUGUGCAGAUUCGAGAUGCUUGUGGUAAUACUUGUGUUUCAUCAAAUCCACCAUUUGAUGCUUCUCUCAUUGGUUCAAUGGGUCAAAAAGUUCCAAUUCACACCACUGAAUGUGAAGGUGGACUAUUUUCUCUAAAAUAUUAUCCUACUGAAGAAGACAAUUAUAUUCUGGAUGUGACAGUCGGAGGCCUUUCGAUUUGUGGUUGUCCUACGUUCAUUCAUGUUCGAAAAGGACGAAAUUAUUCUCUGAUAGCUCGCACGGGACCUUUGUUCUCUUUUGGAAGCGAAGGAAGCGGGGAUGGACAAUUUUGUCGACCAUGGGGAAUAUGCUGUGAUCUGAAAGGUCGUAUAAUUGUAGCAGAUCGUAGUAAUAAUCGAAUACAGAUUUUUGAUAAAGAUGGCAAUUUUCUGCAUAAAUUUGGAACUCCAGGUUCUCGGCCGGGCCAGUUUGAUAGACCUGCUGGGAUCGCUGUUAAUUCUUUGAAUGAAAUAAUUGUUGCUGAUAAAGAUAAUCAUAGAAUUCAAGUCUUCAAUGAAAAAGGUGAUUUCCUACUAAAAUUUGGUGAUCGAGGGCGUACCACAGGAUUGUUCAAUUAUCCAUGGGGUGUUGCUGUUAAUUCAUUGAAUCAGAUUGCUGUUUGUGAUACUCGCAAUCACAGAGUUCAGAUAUUUUCUCCACAAGGACACUAUAUUCGCAAAUGUGGCUUUGAUACAUCGGUUUUUUACAAAAAUUUAGAUUCUCCUCGUGGUAUUUGUUAUCUACAAGAUGGUCAACUUAUUAUUACCGAUUUUAAUAAUCAUCGUCUGGCUGUUGUGUCAUCUCGUGAUUCUUGCGAAAUGAAAUGUUAUGGUGGUGAAGGCAAUGGCGAAGGCUUUUUUUGUCGACCUCAAGGAGUGACUGUUGAUAAUGAAGGAUAUAUACUUGUUUGCGAUUCCCGGAAUAAUCGUGUACAAGUAAGAUUCCGAAUGAAUUGUAUCGCAUGUUUUGGUGGUCCAUUGAGUCCGUCAUUGAAAAUUUCGUCCUCUCUGGAAAAUGCGAUUGCUUUUGGUUCUUCAGCGAACAAAACCUCUGUCUUGUGCCACUCCAAUUCUGAAUUGGUUUAUCCUGUGCUUGAACGUCCAACUGAUUUGUGUGUUUCACCAGAAGGAUUAAUUUAUGUAGUUGAUUUUGGAAGUAGUUGUAUUCGUGUCUAUUAG